CUGCACCUGUACUGUGACACUUGCUCUGUGCCCAUCUGUCGUGAGUGCACAAUGGGCCGACACGGGGGCCACAGCUUCAUCUACCUCCAGGAGGCGCUGCAGGACUCACGGGCACUCACCAUCCAGCUGCUGGCGGAUGCACAGCAGGGAAGACAGGCAAUCCAGCUGAGCAUCGAGCAGGCCCAGACGGUGGCGGAACAAGUGGAGAUGAAGGCGAAGGUCGUGCAGUCAGAGGUGAAAGCCGUGACUGCGCGGCAUAAGAAAGCCCUGGAGGAGCGCGAGUGCGAGCUGCUGUGGAAGGUAGAAAAGAUUCGCCAGGUGAAAGCCAAGUCUCUGUACCUGCAGGUGGAGAAGCUGCGGCAAAACCUCAACAAGCUUGAGAGCACCAUCAGUGCCGUGCAGCAGGUCCUGGAGGAGGGCCGAGCACUGGACAUCCUGCUGGCCCGAGACCGCAUGCUGGCCCAGGUGCAGGAGCUGAAGACCGUGCGGAGCCUCCUGCAGCCCCAGGAGGAUGACCGAGUCAUGUUCACACCCCCGGAUCAGGCGCUGUACCUUGCCAUCAAGUCUUUUGGCUUCGUUAGCAGCGGGGCCUUUGCACCACUCACCAAGGCCACGGGCGAUGGCCUCAAGCGCGCCCUCCAGGGCAAGGUGGCCUCCUUCACAGUCAUUGGUUAUGACCACGAUGGUGAGCCCCGCCUCUCAGGAGGUGAUCUGAUGUCCGCUGUGGUCCUUGGCCCUGAUGGCAACCUGUUUGGUGCGGAGGUGAGCGAUCAGCAAAAUGGGACAUAUGUGGUGAGUUACCGGCCCCAGCUGGAGGGCGAGCACCUGGUGUCAGUGACACUGUGCAACCAGCACAUCGAGAACAGCCCUUUCAAGGUGGUGGUCAAGUCAGGCCGCAGCUACGUGGGCAUUGGGCUCCCGGGCCUGAGCUUCGGCAGCGAGGGUGACAGCGAUGGCAAGCUCUGCCGCCCUUGGGGCGUGAGUGUAGACAAGGAGGGCUACAUCAUUGUCGCCGACCGCAGCAACAACCGCAUCCAGGUGUUCAAGCCCUGUGGCACCUUCCACCACAAAUUCGGCACCCUGGGCUCCCGGCCUGGGCAGUUCGACCGACCAGCCGGGGUGGCCUGUGACGCCUCACGCAGGAUCGUGGUGGCUGACAAGGACAAUCAUCGCAUCCAGAUCUUCACCUUCGAGGGCCAGUUCCUCCUCAAAUUUGGUGAGAAGGGAACCAAGAAUGGGCAGUUCAACUACCCUUGGGAUGUGGCGGUGAAUUCUGAAGGCAAGAUCCUGGUCUCAGACACAAGGAACCACCGGAUCCAGCUGUUUGGGCCUGAUGGUGUCUUCCUAAAUAAGUAUGGCUUCGAGGGGGCUCUCUGGAAGCACUUUGACUCCCCACGGGGUGUGGCCUUCAACCAUGAGGGCCACUUGGUAGUCACCGACUUCAACAACCACCGGCUCCUGGUCAUUCACCCCGACUGCCAGUCGGCACGCUUCCUGGGCUCGGAGGGCACAGGCAAUGGGCAGUUCCUGCGCCCACAAGGUGUCGCCGUGGACCAGGAAGGGCGCAUCAUCGUGGCGGAUUCCAGGAACCAUCGGGUACAGAUGUUUGAAUCCAACGGCAGCUUCCUGUGCAAGUUUGGUGCUCAAGGCAGCGGCUUCGGGCAGAUGGACCGCCCCUCAGGCAUCGCCAUCACCCCCGACGGAAUGAUCGUUGUGGUGGACUUUGGCAACAAUCGAAUCCUCGUCUUCUAAUUGCAUUUCCUAGGUUUCUGUUUUUGGGGUGUGUGCGUCUCUCUCUCUCUCUCUGUCUCUCUCUUUCUCUUUCUCUCUCUUUUUGAAUUUCAAAGAAGAAACAGUCUCAGGGAGAUUUCUUUUUUUCUUUUUUUUAAAAGAGAACAAGAAAAGUACAACAUUGCUUAAGUCCUACCUCAUCUUUAUUUUUUUACAGAUGAAUGUACUUAUCUUUUCUGCAGGGAUUGAGCCUGUGAAGUGAUAAUUUCUAUCUACCUCAUAAAUCUUUGCAUUUCCUUCUGCAACAGGCCCUCUUCCCCUCCUCAGUGGAGUCGCAUUUCCCUCUUCCCCUGCGUGGGACAUGAUAUGCACAAACCUGGCAUCUGUAUGGCUGGGAGGGCACUGGAUGUGUGUGGUGGGGUGUAUUCUGUAGAUUGAGCCAAGGAAACACAAAAAAACUACUAAGUAAAAAAACAAAAAAGUAUAAAACAUGGAAAAAAUAGGAUUUAAAAUGCAUAAUUAUAGAGUAUCUGUGUUCUUGAGAAUACUGUGUUUAUAUGGGGUUAGAUUAUGUUGUGUUGUUUUGAUCUUUUUCGAAAAUCUUCUCUUUUUAAAUGCUGCAACAGAGAACUCUCCUCUGUUCUCUGUUUAUACCUCAGUGUGUUUAACCUCCUCUUCUGCAUCUUUUCUUAAUCCUAGACGUUGUGGCUGUGGCUUGCUAGCCAAGAAAAGCAGACCCUUCAUAUUUUAGGGUAAAUAAUCUUCGCCUCUUUUGCGGGGAGGGUGUGUGCGUAUUUGUUUCAAAGCCAUCUUGCACCCAAGUAGUAAAGCCGAAAAUGACACACUGCCUCCCAAACCUGUCCUUUCACACUUUGGCUUCUUAAAAAUAUAUAUAGAUGUAGCUCAGGAGUUUUGAUUAAACAUAUUCUCAAAAGUUAAGUUUUCUUAUUUUGCUGUUGGUUAUAAAGAGUUAAAUGGAAGGAAGAAGGAAGUUAACCUCGUUCUCCGAGAGAGGGUUUUCAGGCAUGGGCUGAUGUGGACAUGAAUGUGGGUGGACCUGCUUGUGCUGAGAGAGUCAGAGAGCACAUGAAAGAAGCCAGGCACCCCCAAACUAUAGGGACUCCACAGAAGGGGCAGGUUCGUCCUGACCUGAGAGUGCAUAGGAGUUUGUUCUGUCAUGCUAGGAGUUUCUUUUCCUAAGAAGAGUAGGCAAAGGAAAGAACUUUUAUUUUACAAGCACAAUUUUUUUCCUGCUCUGGAAGUUCAGGGAACAGCCCAGUCCCACACCCUCUGCUGGGUCACUUUUUAUAAGAUUGUUUGCACCCUAGACAUGCUUUAGGACCUCGUGG